UACAAAAACCCAACUUCACAUCGUGCGAAUAUCAGCUUCCAAGUGAAUGAAAUUAUCAAUAUCUCUCAAUUUUACAAUAAUAUUCAAAUUUUUGAAAUUUCGCGUCUGAAGAGCUGAUUGCAAUUUAAAUUUAGUUGCAAUUAAGACAUCUUGAAGAACUGCACACAUACUGAAAUAUGCCAGACAAAUCCCCAUGUGCAAGUGAUGAGGAUGUCAAGGAAAUGCAACAUGAAAAUCAUUAUUCACAUACAAACAAAGAUCAAGCCUUCAACCAAGAUGUCCGCAACAGAGUUCAUCCUAAAAUCGACCACAAUAGAACGAAAAUGAAAUCGAUAGGCGACAAAACAUUCACUUUUCAGGACUCAGUACUCACCACUCUCUACCGAAUACCUCACGUGAAUACUAUGUACAAUAUGUUCCUAGCGGCAUUUAUCCUUAUGACAGGAACUACCGCACUUCAUAGCUACGUUACAAAAGGAAUAAUAAAUUUUGGUCAAGUUACAAUCAAUAGAGGAAUGCGAGGAUUUUGGCGAGGAGCAGGAAUGUGGACAAUAAUGCAAGCGGCAGUAGUUUUAGCUUAUCUAGGAUUAAAGUUUUGGGGAAGCGUUCGACUGGCUCUCAGCAAAAAUCCUACCUUUCGACAAGUGUGGGAUUCAAUUUGUUUAUGGGCAUUCGCGCUAUUCCAAAUAUCCUUCAUGGUUGCCGUAAUAAAUGGAGUAAUUCAAAUGGACCUAGCUUGUAUCUCAGCAGGCUCGAUUUUGAUUGAAAUGAUUCGAAUGAUAAUGAAAAUGUAUGCUUUCAUACGUACAAAUGCAGUAAGGAUCCUUAACGGCGAAUUGAAAAUAGACUCUAGUACAAAAUCUUCGAAAGAACACCGAUAUCCUUCCCUUGGUCAGUUCACCUACUACAUGUUUGCGCCAACAUUCAUCUAUCGCGACAACUACCCGCGAACUAGCAAAAUCAACUUAAAUUUCGCAUUGUGCCGACUACUGGAAGUUGUUGGGGUGACUUUUUUCCUAGCCAACAUUCACGAGCGAUUCAUCGAACCGAAUUUCCAGAACUUCGGAAAGGAGCGAAUUACCCCGGGGGACUUAAUCCUGAAAAUAUUCAGCAUGGAUUUGCCAGCACUUUUGAUAUGCUUGGGUGUAUUCUACUGCAUUUUGCAUUCCUGGUUGAACUUCACUGCAGAGCUCCUUCGCUUUCCCGAUAGGAUAUACUAUAAAGACUGGUGGACGUCCCACAAUUACAGCGGGUACUAUCGCAAUUGGAACCUUGUGGUCCACGAGUGGCUUUACGAAUACAUCUACAAGGAUGCACUUCACUAUGUUUUCCCGGGAUCUAAAGUUGCAGCGAACUUCACAGUCUUUGUGGUGUCAGCCGUUAUGCAUGAACUCAUAUGCAGUGUCGCGUUUGGAUUCUUCUUCCCAGUGAUGUUUGUAUUGUUCGCAGGAUUUGGAGUUUUCUUUAUGUUUAUUUCAAAAAGUAUGAAUAGAACGGUUGGAAAUAUAUUUCUUUGGUGUACUUUGGCCUUUGGAAAUGGACUUAUGGUGAGUCUUUAUGCAAUGGAAAUUUUCGCCCGUAUAAAUUGUGUCGCUGAUAAGGACUCAUCAUUUAGUUUUUGGGUACCAGUUGUAUUUAGCUGUAAUGGCUUAAGCUAAGUUUUACUUAAAAUGGUAGCUUACAUGUACACGGAGCCUAUAAUAAAAGUAACUUGUGAUCCCAUUUA